AUGGACAUCACUCAAACUCAACAGCCGUCAUCUCCCGUAGAGCCCGGACUUGAAAGAGAAGGAUCUCAAUCUCCACAAAAUACAUCACAACCCUCUUCCCCAGAAUCAACAGCUAAGGCACCGUCUCUCAGUGCACAAGGCAGCAGUAUGGCGUUCACAAUGAGCCCAUCCUCAGCCCCUUUGGGUCCUACCAACGCUGCAAGGAGACCAGGACCCCUUCCCGGCCGUGCAAGCGGCCUCAAUUCCGACAUACAGGCCAAAAUGAAGGCAUUUUCUCAAUCUCGGCGGGGUGCUCCUCCUUCCACACAGAAUCUCCGAAACCCACAACAGCCAGGCGGUCCUGGGGGUAUGGUCGGAGGCUCUCUUUCAGGAGCCAGCCCGACUUCGCCAACUUCUACGCCAGCCGGACUGCGAUUACCAGGUAGUCUCAGUCGACCCAAUGCUCCUAGCCUCGGGUCCAACCCAUCACCCGCAGUUGGCACUCCGAGAAUGAAUAGCCCGAAACCAAUGGGUGGACUUGCAGCAAAGCGCGGUCUCAAAGGGGCUAUGAAGCUGUCCGACGCACAAAAACCACAACCUGUCGGUCAGGAAGCAGAGAAGCAAGACACAGGUUCUCAAUUCAGCAAAUUCGCCAACAUAAUAGACACCAAAACGGGUACACUCAAUUUUCAGAACAAGGCUGUCAUUCACGGGAGUGGAAUUGACUUUGCAGGAGGAAGCACCUUUUCCAUCUCACUGGACGAGGUGGACACUAUCGCCGAGCUUGGAAAGGGAAACUACGGGACAGUCUUCAAAGUGCGACACGCUCGGCCCAGGAUGCGAAGGCCAGGCCUCGGAUUGCGAGGCAACAUGGUUCGACAAGCAUCAGCUUCAGCUGUACCUGAAGAUGGAGAUAUGGAUCUCAACGGCACCAAAGAUUCCGGCACGAGUGGGCUCGUCAUGGCUAUGAAGGAAAUCCGUCUCGAGUUGGACGAUACAAAAUUCGCCCAGAUCAUCAUGGAGUUGGACAUCUUGCACCGCUGUGUUUCGCCUUUUAUCAUCGACUUCUAUGGCGCCUUCUUCCAAGAAGGAUCGGUCUACAUUUGUAUCGAGUACAUGGACGGAGGCUCGAUUGACAAGCUUUAUGGCGAUGGCGUCCCCGAAGGCGUCUUGAAAAAGAUCACUUUGUCAACCGUGAUGGGUCUUAAGUGCUUGAAGGAUGACCACAACAUCAUCCAUCGAGACGUCAAACCCACCAACAUCCUGGUCAAUACUCGCGGACAGGUCAAAAUUUGCGACUUUGGCGUCAGCGGCAACCUCGUUGCGUCUAUUGCAAAGACAAAUAUCGGCUGUCAAAGCUAUAUGGCACCAGAAAGAAUAUCAGGAGGUGGAAUUGCACAGGUCGGUGCGGGUGGCGGCUCAUACAGUGUCCAGUCGGACAUUUGGUCAUUGGGUCUCACCAUCAUCGAAUGUGCCCUCGGCAGGUAUCCUUACCCACCAGAAACCUACGACAACAUCUUCAGCCAGCUGAGUGCCAUUGUUGAUGGUGAUCCUCCUGAUUUGCCCGCCGAUAAAUUCUCCGAAAUAGCAAUCGAUUUUGUUCGUGGGUGUCUCAACAAGAUUCCCAGGCUUAGACCGACCUAUACAAUGCUCCUUCGACAUGCUUGGUUGGCACCACUCAUGAAACCUCCUACGAUAUCAGAAGAUGAAGAAGGUGAACAGGCGGCUGAGGCUGGUAUCGAAUCGGCCUUCUCCAACACUGGCAUUCCCGAUACAGCCGACAAGGAGGUAGCAAACUGGGUGACAGCUGCCCUCGAAAGGAAGAAGGCAGGCAAGAUGGCUGUAAGCAAGAAACCUGCAUUACACGAGGCGCCACUCGACGCCGUUCCGGGGAGCCCUCUACUGGCAAAAUCAGAGGCAGACGCUACUGCCGGGGACAGUCUAGAAGAUCUGCCUGUCCCAGUAGCGAACGAACCUGUGGAAGUGGAUGCUCCGGACUUGCUAGCAGCAAGAGUGCAAGGUCUGGAUUUCGCUUCACCAUGA